AGAUGUCUCUUUCUCUUUCUUUCGCACAAAUAUUAUGAAAUCUAUUUAAACGCAAAAAUAGACAACCCAAGAACCGCCCCUCGGCGCUCCCAGCAAAAACGCUCUCCGGCCGGAGACCCCAACAGCGCGAAAAAAUCGCCGAUUUUUCUACCUCGCCGCAGUCCUUUUCGCGCCCAGUAAUAUAACUGGCAACCUCUCCCCUCCCCCGGUCCGGUUUUCUCGUGACGGAAAACCGCCAUUGUGUCCAAAGCCGGUCCGCAGGGAGCGGCUGAGACCGCCCACCGUGGGAGCCGGCGGGGUAGAGCCCGCGAGGGGGAGCUAGGGUUGCUUUCGUCCUCGUCUUAGCUCGCUCUCUCUUUCUCUCUUCAGUCUUUGCGCUGGUCUCUUCUCUGACGCUACAUCGAGAUUCGUGCUGGGAGGGGUGAUGGCGCCGGCGCCGGAGCUGAGGGAGGUGCUCGGCAGGCUCUGCGGUGGGGGCGGAUGGGCGUACGGGGUGCUCUGGCGCGUGGAUCGCCGGGAUCCCCGGUUGCUGACGGUAGAAGAUUGCUACUAUGAAGAGCAGGUUCGGGGAGUGCUUGACAAGAUACUUCAUCAGGUCCACAUGGUUGGAGAAGGAAUAAUUGGAGGAGCAGUUAUAAAUGAGAAGCACCAGUGGGUCUACUCUGAUUCUUAUGGCAUAAAUUUGAGCCCGACCAGCUCUACUGACAAUCCAGACAUAUUUCAGAGUGAUGCUGAAUGGCAACAUCAGUUUACUCCUGGAAUUAAGACUAUUGCCAUCAUUUCUCUGCGGUCAUCAGGUGUGGUUCAGUUUGGUUCCCCCGAGAAGAUUCUAGAAAAUUUGGAGUUUGUCAAUGAAGUUAAGCAUUCGUUGGAGCAGGUGGAAGGUAUAGUGGGGCUUUUUCCGCAUGGAAUAGCUCAUAAAGCUUGGACCAUUCAUGAUCCGAAUGCAGCAUCUACAUCUGCAAUUUCUUCGAGAAGUGCUUAUUAUUGUUAUGAGAACACUAAUUCCUUGCGUGGAGACAUAAGCAAAAACUGGAUGACAAGCGCAGAGUCUCUGAGUGAGCCUAUUCAGUUUCCAAGUAUUUUCUCUCACGGAUCUUAUCAUGGCUUCAGAUCUCACAGUGGGGGCAUGAAUCCUAUAGUAACCAUGCCAGGAGUCUCCGGUUCUGCACUUGUACUCAAAGAUUCUUUUGACCCAUUCCAGAAAACACCUUUUAUCAGCAAGAAUUCCUCAUUUUACCAUGCAAACCAAUGCCCUGCAGCAAGUGCUGAAACUCAGGUACUGUUGUCCCCUAACGUACAAUUUCAAUCUGCUACUAAUUUUUCCAGCAGUUCAGCUAUGACCAACUUGAACACAUAUACUUGGGCCAAAGGAAUUUCUGAUCAAACGAUCAUGCAGAGGCUGUUAUCCAGGAUGGGAAUGCAGGGGUUUCCUAGCUUGAUUCCAGCUAAUUCACAUCUUGCUGUUCCCCAUGUGAAUGCACUUCAUCAAUUUUCUGGAGACUCCUUAUCUUGUGGCCCAUAUAGAUUGUAUGAUACAAUGCCUGGCUCAAGAUCUUCUGAUAUGAGCAAAGUUUGCCUUAAUGGUACAGAGAAGUCGCUAGAAAUCCAGCAUUCAUCUUUGUCAUCUUUGGCUGUGGGUGGGCCAUCUGGUUGCAGAUCCUUCUGCCAUGAACUUCCAGAUACUUCUGUCACUUUAGAAGACAUGACAACUGACCAUUCUCUGUUGCUUCAUUCUAAGAAUGAUUCCUUAAAUGGUCUUAUUCAUCUGAAUGAUCAGCCACUGGAGCAAGUCUCUGACCUGUCUGCAAAAAUGAAUGAGAUCAUGGUGGGUGCCAGUUCUGUAUCAGCUUGUUUGGCUGAAGGUGAGGGGAAUGACUACACUCCGAUGGCUGGGUCCCAAACUGUUCCAGUUGAGAACUCCACUGCAGCACCAUUGAAUUCUAUGGGUGCAGAAAAUGAUGGGAAAGAAAACUCUUCAACUGCACCUUCUCAACCUCCUUCCGAUAAUAACCUGUUUGAUGGCAUGGAAUUGGAUCUAAGCCCAAGCAUUCUUGUGCAGGAAUGUUGGGAUGACAUAAUAAUGCAAGUAGGCAGUGACAGUUGUUUGAAUUUGAGUGCUAAUGUCUCAGAAUGCAUUGCAGAGUUGGACAUGGGCUCUAUAACAGGUGCUGAAAAAGGGCUGUUCUUAGACUCUGGUCUUGAACAAUUAUUGGAUGCCAUAGUUGGUGAGAAUGCUAAUAGAGCUUCUACUCAUAAUUCUGUGGCUACUAGUGUCAAUCCUAGUGCUGAUCUUGAUUCAGAGCAUAAAUUUUCUGCAAUUAGUACGGUAGGUGCACCUUCAUUGUACAGAAAUCAGGUUGCGCUAGCAGGUCUUCCUUCCAUAAGUACUAAAUCUGAUGUGCUGUUACCUCGUUGCGACUCGGAGAAGAUCAUGCAUGGAUCUCCAAAAGAGGCACUCUCAGUAUCCCAUGUCAGUUCAUGGAUUGAUGAUAGUUGCAGUAUGAAUGUUGGGAGUGCUGUGAUCAAUGAACCAAAGAAGCCUGAAGAAGCUGUCAAAGUUGUUAAGAAAAGGGCAAGACCUGGGGAAAGCACUCGGCCAAGGCCAAAAGAUCGCCAGCAAAUACAAGACCGGGUGAAGGAGUUACGAGAAAUUGUGCCAAAUUGUGCAAAGUGUAGCAUUGAUGCUUUGUUGGACCGCACGAUAAAACACAUGCUCUUUUUGCAAAGCGUGACAAAGUAUGCAGACAAACUCAAGCAAACUGAUGAGCCAAAGAUGAUUGUUGAGGAGAGUGGUGUUGUUUUAAAAGAUAAUUCUAGUGGUGGCACCGGUGCUGGUGCGACCUGGGCGUAUGAAGUUGCAGGACAAACCAUGGUCUGCCCGAUAAUAGUCGAGGACCUCACCCCCCCUGGUCAGAUGCUAGUAGAGAUGCUUUGUGAAGAACACGGGUUCUUUCUAGAGAUAGCAGACAUCAUUCGUGGAUUUGGCUUGACUAUCUUGAAAGGAGUGAUGGAGAUUCAUGACAGUAAGAUCUGGGCACGGUUUUUAGUCGAGGCUAAUAGAGAUGUGACCAGGAUGGAUAUCUUUCUCUCCCUUGUUCAACUUUUGCAACAAACUAGCAGCACUCGAUCUAGUGACCAACUGGCUAAGAUUAUGGACAAAGGGGCUCCCACAUUUGCCAAUUACCAGCAUUCUCCCAUGUCAAUUCCCAUUAGUCUAGCAGACAGAUUGCAGUGAUCCAAGCCUGGUAUCAGCUCAAGAAAUGACUCGAUAGGUCAUGUGUUCCACAAUGAUGGCAUUCCAGAUUGAGAACUAUGUCCUGAUACCAAGAUAGUGAAUGGUGGUGUCUGGUCUUGCAUUGUGGCUGAACAUGUCUGAACCUGGAUAAGAAUGCGGUCUACUGCAUUGACCAUCAGAGACCGAAUAGAGCUUACCGUAUAUUUGAGAAGUGCAUCAUCAGUGGAAAAGCCAGUAAAUUUCAGAUGUACAAGUUUCCCAAAAGAAUGAAUGAUAGGAAGAACUCAUGCAUGGGAAAGACGGGUUCAAGGCAAGUGGAUUGUCUCUGGGUCUGGGGCAUAAGCUUUGCAGGCAAAUGUGUUUAUAAUAGUCUUUUAACCAUGUAGUGUUGUUGAGAUUUGUACCAUUUGGUUCUUUUGCUGACCUGUUUAUAUGGAAUCAGAUGCUUUUGACCUGAUAA